ACUUUUGAGAGAGAUUAAAUAAUUUUUAUAGUAAUUUGAAAAACUUCAUUUCAUCAAAAUUCCUUCAAAAAUCGCAGAGGCCAAACUAAGCCUUAAUUUGGUAGAGCCAAAUCGGUGAGGAAGGGACCGGAUUGCAGAACGUCAGACACAAAACCGGUGCCAUUUUAUUUUACUGGAAGCGCUUCGUUAUCUAAUUUCAAGCUUUCGGCCUCAGCAGAAGCAGGCUGCGGGAAGCUCAGGCAGUCCACAGCCACAGGCGUCUAGGCCAGCCGCUCAGCUGAGCGCCGUCGGGCGGCAGCAUCCAGCUGAGCAGAAAAAAGAAUAGAAGAGGUAAACAUGGGGAUACUGGUAGGAGCGCCAUGGAUGAGCAUCAGGGAGGUCGCUCCUCCACUGUGGCGUUGCUCGUCUCUUCAUUGUUAUAGGAGGCAUGCAGCCUUUGAAUUCGGGCGGAGGACCAACAGAAAUCUUACUGUCACUGCAUCUACAAUCUCUGGUUCUCUGAAGAAGGCUGAAGGAGAAGUUCGAGUUCGUUUUGCACCUUCUCCCACUGGAAAUCUUCAUGUGGGAGGUGCACGAACAGCCCUCUUCAAUUACUUGUUUGCUAGGUCCAAAGGUGGAAAAUUCAUUCUUCGAAUUGAAGAUACUGACUUGGAGAGGUCUACUAGGGAAUCCGAGGAAGCCAUGUUGCAAGAUCUUUCUUGGCUUGGGCUUGAUUGGGAUGAAGGACCAGGAGCUGGUGGAGAUUAUGGUCCAUAUCGACAAUCUGAAAGAAAUUAUCUGUACAAGCAAUAUGCUGAUAAGCUUUUGAAAUCUGGUCAUGUUUAUCGCUGCUUCUGUUCUAAUGAGGAACUAGAAAGAAUGAAGGAGAUUUCAAAGCAAAAGAAAUUGCCUCCAAUAUAUACUGGCAAGUGGGCUAGUGCGACAGAUGAAGAAGUACAAGAAGAGCUUGCAAAGGGAACUCCUUAUACAUAUCGAUUUCGUGUUCGAAAGGAAGGUAGUCUGAAAAUUGAUGACAUUAUUCGAGGCGAAGUUAGUUGGAACCUGGACACACUUGGAGAUUUCGUAAUUAUGAGGAGCAAUGGACAACCUGUCUACAACUUUUGUGUCACGGUUGAUGAUGCUACCAUGGCUAUCUCCCAUGUUAUUAGGGCUGAAGAGCAUCUGCCAAACACUCUAAGGCAAGCAUUAAUAUAUAAGGCACUUGGAUUUCCAAUGCCUGCCUUUGCACAUGUUUCUUUAAUUCUUGCACCUGAUAGGAGUAAACUAUCGAAACGGCAUGGUGCAACGUCUGUGGGCCAGUUCAGGGAAUUGGGGUAUCUGCCCCAGGCAAUGGUGAAUUACCUAGCACUGCUGGGUUGGGGUGAUGGCACUGAAAAUGAAUUUUUUACCCUCGAACAACUGGUUGAAAAGUUCUCUAUUAUUCGCGUCAAUAAAAGUGGUGCUAUUUUUGAUUCUACCAAGUUAAGGUGGAUGAAUGGUCAGCAUCUGAAAAUACUUCCGCCAGAAGAGUUGACUAAACUUAUUGGGGAGCACUGGAAGAGCACUGGUAUCCUCACAGAAUCAAAGGGGCUGUUUUUAGUAGAAGCCAUUGAGCUGCUCAAGGAUGGUAUUGACCUGAUAACAGAUUCUGAUAAAGCGCUAUCAAACUUGCUUUCAUAUCCCUUACGUACGACUUUAAUGAGUCCUGAGGGUAAAGCAGUAUUAGAAGAUGGACUUUCUGAAAUAUCAGCCAGAUUGUUGGCUGCCCAUGACAGUGGUGAACUCCUUGGUGCACUUGAAGGAGGCCAUGCUGGGUGGCAGAAGUGGGUGAAGAACUUUGGCAAAUCACUGAAGCGCAAGGGGAAAUCACUUUUCAUGCCUCUCCGGGUGUUGCUAACGGGAAAGCUUCAUGGCCCAGAUAUGGGCGCUAGCAUGCUUCUGCUUCACAGAGCUGGAACCUGUGGUAUUGUUUCUCCUCAAGCUGGAUUUGUGUCUUUGGAUGAAAGGUUUAAAAUUUUGAGGGAAGUUGAAUGGGAGGCAUUAAAUUGGGAUCAGCCUCCCUUGGAACCUACUGCUAUUGCAUCUAAUUGAGUUCGUACAGUUUUUCACGGCUAUAUAUGAUAUUGAAAAUGUGCUCCUGUGACUUUUUCCAA